UCAUCAGCAGUACCCUGGUAACUUAUCAGCUGUACCUCAGUCACUCAUCAACUGUACCCCGGUCACUCAUCAGCCGUACCCCGGUAACUCAUCGGCUGUACCCUGGUCACUCACCAGCUGUACCUCAGUCACUCAUCAACUGUACCCCGGUCACUCAUCAGCCGUACCCCGGUAACUCAUCGGCUGUACCCUGGUCACUCAUCGGCUGUACCUCAGUUACUCAUCAACUGUACCCUGAACAGACGCCGGUGGCCGUAGAGGGCGGGGCGGAGGAGGAGGGAGCCAAGCACCAGCCGUCCGCAGUGGGGCGGCGGAGGCGUCCGGAAGGAGACACCAGGUGGAUACGUCAGGAACACCCCUGCAGGGAGUGCCACAUGGUGUUCAGUACACAGAGGAAGUUUGACUUACACUUUAGCCACGUGCACCUGGGCGUGGCUCCCUGGCAGGGGGAACACACCUGCGACGACUGCGGCAAGACCUUCACCCAGAAGAUCAGCCUCAACGUUCACCGCAUGUUCAAGCACGGAGCUCCGCGCCGCUACCGGUGCAAGAAGUGUACGUACGAGGGCCCCACCAAGCAGUACCUCAAGCGCCACAUGAGGGUACACACCGACGAGCGGCAGUACGUGUGUCCCGAGUGCGGCAAGGGUCUCAAGACGGCGGAGUCCUACAGGAACCACCUGGUGAUACACACCAACGAGGGCCGCUUCUUCUGCGACCUGUGCAGCAAGGCCUACAACCACAAGGGGGCCUACGAGGACCACCGCCGCAGCCACCGGGACGACCGCGACUACGCCUGUAACUACUGCGGCGCCGCCUUCAAGGCUUACAAGCACGUGGCGCGACACAUACGGGCCGUUCACCUCAACGACAAGCGCUUCGUCUGCGACGUGUGCGGGGCCCAGCACAUGACCGGCUUCAACCUGAAGGCCCACCUCAAGAAACACGGAGACAUAUCCGACCUGCCGUACGUCUACCGGUGCAACGGCUGCGACGCAAAGUUCAGGGGAGCCGAGGGACUCAAGACGCACAUGAGAGUCGUGCACGCCGCGACCGUCUCCGUCCCCGAAGAACGGGGCAAGACGUCUCCGGUCAAGACCAUCGUCACGCCCCACCCGACCCGUCGGCCCGUCAGGUUCGAGUACUCUCGCAUAUCCGGCGGCUCGCCGGAGGCCAAGACGGAGGACAACGUGGAGACCAUCUACAUAGAGGGAGACACCUACGUGAUCUACGACGGCAAGAACAACGACGUGGUGUACGAGGUGUACAGCACCGUGGGUCAGGAGGAGCCAGAGCUGUCCGACCCCCUGUUGACCCCGGCGGAGUCGGGAGGAGAGCGGGUCAUUAACGUGUUCUCCUGCGUCGUCUGCCACACCAUGUUUACCUCCGAGGCUCUCCUACACCGACACCGGGAGGACGUGCACCCCAAGGAGGCCGCCCAGUAGUUACCCCACCGAGUGUUUGAACCAAUCGCCACAAGACCAAUUACUGAACUGAACAUUGACCUAAAUUAUGCCCCAAUUGACCUGCAGGAUCUGUUAACCUAACCUAACCCCGUAGAUAGCAUUAAGGUCUUAAAUCAUCGGGUAACUGGGGUGUCUAAUCUUCACGUUAUCCAUUAUUUCAUCCGAGGUUAGCGGUAGGUUAGCAUUAGGUUAGAUUAAGUUAAGUUGGGUUAGGUUAGGGUGCUUAUGGGCUUCCUAAUCUUCACAUGAUCCAAACCAACGACAUGAACACACACAAGGAAAUAUUUAAUAGAGGCAGAGUGAGUGAGAGAGAGAGAUAGAGAGAGAGAGUGAGUGAGAGAGAGAGAGAGAGAGAGAGAGAGAGAGGGAGAGAGAGAGAGAGAGAGAGCACUCAUUAUUCAGUAGUGAGUGUGACAAGGAGACAAUGAUCCAAUGAGUAGUUUACGGGGACAAAUGAUGUGUUAGUGAUGGAACCUGGAAUAAAUUAGUUUGAUAUUACGCAAUAUAACUACAGUAUGGGGUCGGACAAUUUGCUGACGAUAAGUGACGAUGUUUUGGACAAUUUGCUGACGAUAAGUGACGAUAUUUCUAAAAAUUUGUUGGUGAUGAGUGACGAUAUUUUAAAUGGAUCUCAGAAUAAAUCAGUUGUGUAUUAUUGAACAUCAAUGUGGAAUGAUUAUUUUCCCUCAGACCAUUUUUAAGUAUUUUUAUUGAGGGCAUAAAAGUGAAACAUUCUUCAACAUCUUCUGACAUUAUAUUGUAUGUGUGUUUAUUUUAUUAACAAUGUUUAAACUGUGUGUGUGUGUGUGUGUGUGUGUGUGUGUGUGUGUGUGUGUGUGUCCUCAACACCUCUCUGAC